AUGAGCGGCUUCCAGAACGGGGCGGCGCCCGCACGCACCAGAGACGAUGACAGCGAUGUCGAGGAGGAAGCACUGGUGGCCGACUACCGCGAGCAGGUCCAGUACGAAGACGGCCUCGACGAGCUGGAGCAGGUCAACUCCCUGACGCUGGCCCAGCAGAACGACGACAUCCAGUCACGGCUCGCCGCCGCCGCACAGCCGCUCGACUUCUCGGCCCCGCUGGAGGUCAAGUUCCAGAGCUACGACGCCUACUGCAGCCUCUUCCACUUCAUCCUCAACUCCGAGGGACCGGUCGACCUGGAGCCUCCUUCGUACUACUGGGCGUGGGACGUGAUCGAUGAGUUCAUCUACCAGUUCAACUCGUUCUCGUCAUACCGCAUGCGCAUCGCACGCCAGGCCAACAACGCGGAGGAGAUUGCGAUCCUGCGCGAGAACCCCAACACGUGGGGCAGCUACAGCGUGCUGAACGUGCUCUACUCUCUGAUACAACGGUCGCAGAUCACGGAGCAGCUGGCCGCCACAAAGCGCAACGAGGAUCCGGCCGCCGUGGCCGGCGACUACGGCUCCAAGAACCUGUACCGCAUGCUGGGCUAUUUCUCCAUCAUCGGACUCCUGCGCGUGCACUGCCUGCUGGGCGACUUCAGCCUCGCGCUCAAGACCAUGGACGACAUUGAGCUGAACAAGAAGGCCAUGUUCGCCCGCGUCAUGGCGGCCCAUUUCACGACGUACUACUACAUCGGCUUCUCCUACAUGAUGAUGCGCCGCUACGCCGAUGCCAUCCGCAUGUUCAGCCACAUCCUCGUGUAUGUGUCGCGCACCAAGAACUUCCAGAAGAACGCGCAGUACGACUCCAUCACCAAGAAGAACGACCAGAUGUACGCGCUCAUCGCCAUCUGCGUCGCCUUCCACCCCACCCGUCUCGACGACGCCAUCCACACCCAGAUCCGGGAAAAGUAUGGCGACCAGCUGCUGAAGCUGCAGCGUGGCGGCCCCGAGUCUCUGCCCAUCUUCGAGGAGCUCUUCAAGGCCGCGUGCCCCAAGUUCAUCUCGCCCGUGCCGCCCGACUUUGACAACCCGGAGGCCAACGUGGACCCCAUCGAGCACCACCUGGCCGUCUUCAUGGACGAGGUCAAGACCAACAUGUGGGGCCCGACCGUGAAGUCGUACCUGCGCCUGUACACCACCAUGGACUUGAAGAAGCUGGCCGGCUUCCUGGACGUGCGGCCCGAGGAGCUGCGCUCGUACCUGCUCGUCAACAAGCAGCGCACAAAGCAGCUGCGGUGGACCGACCAGCGCCUGCUGGAGGGCAAAUGGGUCAACGUCAGCGACCUUGACUACGCCAUUCAAGGGGACCUGAUCCACGUCUCGGAGGCCAAGGUUGGCCGGAAACUGGUCGACUGGUACCUGCGCAACCUUUCACGGACCUACGUGUAA